CAUGGCGACACGGCGGCAGCGAAGGAGGCAGUCAAAAUGGCGGCCGGGGGCCGGGGAGCGGGACACCUCUUUCCCCGGCUGCUCCCUUGCGCUCUGCUCCUGAGUUACGGCUCGCUCUUGGCCGCCGCCUUUUCUUCCUGCCACCACCGCGUCCCCGGAGCCACGGAGGUUAUCUACAAAGUUUACCUAAAAGAAAAUCAUGUUAAGAAGAGAAAUGUUGAUAAUCAACUAAGAAUUAAGACUGUGUAUGACAGAAGUGUUGAGGAUUUGCUGCCUGAAAAAAAGCACUUGAUAAAGAAUAAGCUGUUUCCACAAGCUAUUUCUUACUUAGAGAAGACAUUUCAACUUCGUAAACCUACUGGCACUGUCCUCUUAAGUAGACAGUGUGUAACAAACCAAUAUUUAAGGAAGAAGGAUGACCCUCAUAGAUACUGUACAGGAGCCUGUGCAGAAUAUACAAGGUGUGGACCAGUUAUAGUUCCUGAGGAACACCUUCAGCAAUGUAGAGUUUGCAGUGAAAAUGGAUGGCUUUGUGGGCCUGUUGGGGAUGCAGACCAAGAAGGGGUUCGAGAUGCUGACUUCGUGUUAUAUGUUAGUGCUCUGACAACAGAAAGGUGUGGCCAAGAAAAUAUUAUUGCAUAUGCAGCAUAUUGUCAGCUUGAAGCAAACAUGGACAGACCAAUUGCAGGGUAUGCUAAUCUGUGUCCAAACAUGAUUUCAACCCAAACACAGGAGUUUGUUGGCAUGUUGUCUACAGUGAAACAUGAAAUCAUUCAUGCAUUGGGUUUCUCUGCUGGACUAUUUGCGUUCUAUCGGGAUGAUAAUGGAAAUCCUUUGACUGCUAGAUAUGCAAAUGGACUGCCACCAUUUAAUGAAAGCCUUGGAGUGUAUCAGUGGAGUGAUAAAGUUGUAAGGAGUGCAGUCAGGUUAUGGGAUGUACGAGGCAAUAAGAUUCUGCGUCACAAUAUAUUCCUUCUGAUAACUCCUAAAGUAGUAGAGGAGGCCCGAAAACAUUUUGACUGCCCAAUUCUAGAAGGUAUGGAACUUGAAAAUCAAGGAGGCAUGGGCACUGAACUCAAUCACUGGGAAAAGCGUUUGUUGGAGAAUGAAGCAAUGACUGGAUCACACACUCAGAACAGGGUCUUCUCCCGGAUCACUUUGGCAUUAAUGGAAGAUACUGGCUGGUAUAGAGCCAAUUACAGCAUGGCAGAAAAACUAGACUGGGGCCGAGGUAAAGGCUGUGACUUUGUGAUGAAAAGUUGUAAAUUUUGGAUUGACCAGAGGCAGAGAAAGAAAGAACUGGUAGCCCCCUACUGUGACACUCUGCGGAGUAAUCCAUUGCAGCUAACCUGCAGACAGGACCACAGAGCAGUAGCAGUGUGCAAUUUACAAAAGUUCCCUCAACGUCUGCCUCAGGAAUAUCAGUACUUUGACAGUCUAUAUGGAGUACCCUCAGAAGAUUUGCCUUAUUAUGGUGGAUCAGUUGAAAUAGCUGACUACUGCCCUUUCAGUCAGGAAUUUAGUUGGCACUUAAGUGGUGAAUUUCAACGCAGUUCAGAUUGUAGAAUACUGGAAAAUCAACCAGAUCCUUUCAAAAACUAUGGUGCUGAGAAAUACGGACCAAAUUCAGUCUGCCUCAUUCAGAAGUCAGCUUUUGUUAUGGAACAGUGCAGAAAGAAACUAAGCUAUCCUGACUGGGGUAGUGGGUGUUACCAGGUUUCUUGUUCUUCUCGGGGGCUGACAGUUUGGGUCAAGGACAUGGCAUACUUGUGCAGUCACUCAGGUCAAAUUCUUACAGUGAAUAUUCAGAUGAAUGGAUGGGUACAUAUUGGGAACCUAGUCUGCCCAGCAUGCUUAGACUUCUGUGACAUCUGCCCACCUGAGCAGGACCCUCCUCCAAUUGCUAACUUAACAAAAAUCACAUCCAUUGACUUGUGUUCCUGUUCUCCCAGCCUCGUUGUAACCCUGUGGCUCUUGAUGGCAAACUUACUUCCACUUUUGGCAGGAUUUCUCCUGUGUGCAUGGAGUUAGAUCAUGCUGCCAGUUUGCCUUGCAGCCAUUUUGUCUACUCUAGAGUAUGCUCCAUUUGAGUACAACUUGACGGCAGCUAUCUGGAUGAACAAUUACAUCUCUAUGUGUCCUGUGGCAAGUAGCCCAGCAGCUUGCAAGCUGGAGGGUGCUGGACAACAACUUCUAGACUCAGAGAGGCAAAGUUUACAAAAUCAUCUCAAUAAGUGCCAGCAUAAAAGUUUUAUUUUCACAUUGGUACAAAAGGCAGGGGGGGAACAGAUAUGCCAGUUGUAUUAUACCAUCUGUUGCCACCUAUCUGGAGCACUUUGGUUAUGCACAAUUCUCUGUGAGACUGAUAGCAGGAUUUUGGGCAUCCUUAGACACAUAUACCUCAAUUUCUUUUAGUCAAAAGCCAUGAAAGUCAGUUGCCAUUGCUGCUAUUAAUUUAGGUCUGAUAGUGCUUUAUGGAGUUCAAAAAGCCUUUUGGUCCUAGUUCAGGAUGCUUCCAGAAAUAUACUAUAGUUUGCAGACCCUGGUGAAUUAAAGUUUAUUUCUGCUAUGAAGUCUCUGCUGCUCAGAAUAUGAUGGAACAAUUCAGUAGCUGCACAUCAUGCACUUUUGGUAUUUCAAAUUCAUGAAUAUAUUUGUAACAUUUGUAAUUUCUCUUCCACACGGAAGAAUACUAAGUUAAACUAUUCUGUCAUAACUGCUAAUGUAUUAAGACUGCAAUCCUAGCCAUGCUUGAUAGGAUGUAAGUUCCACUGAACUCAGUUGAACUUUUUGUGUAAACAUGUCUUAGAUUGGGCUACAGAUUUUGUGUUCACAAGGCAGUUUGAAAUAAUGAAUAGCUGACAUUUUUUCAUUUUUUUGAAAGUUCAUUUUACUGCACUGCCAUUUUAUUCUUACCUUCAGAUGUUAGUAAGACUUGGGCUGUCUAGAUUUCCCCCCCCCACACACACACACACACACUUCCACUUGAGUAAGGCAAAGGAAAUAGAAAAGGAUAAUACUUCUCAUUAAUUGGAUUGGAAGAGUCAUAAUGUUUUGAGGGAAUAAAUAGUAAUGACAGCAAGUGGGUAAACCUUACAGGGUGCCAUCAUGACUCCUUUGGGACUAAAAUGAAGAAUUUAAUUACCUAUGAAUUUUGUGUGGUUUUUGAAUUAAAGAAUAGCAGUCUUCAGUACCAGUAAUUAUGCUGAUUAUUAGGAAAAGUUAAUAUGCUUUUUGAAGCAGGCAUUUUAGUGGCUGUACAACAAUAAGUUGAGUCAGUGAACAACUUAACAGUUGAGUCAGGAUCAGUGAGCUACUUAUAGUGGUGAUAACCUUCCUUUCUUACAACUGACCCAAUUUGGUUUUUGCAUCAGAUUGGAGGAGUUCACCCUAAUGAUUGUUUUGAUUUAUUGAAAACUGUGACUAUUCGGGAUGCUGGACUGGGAGUGCUUCUAAAAGAAACCUAAUUUUUAUCUAAAUCCCUUAGUUCAGUCUUCUGAAAUGAAUACAGUGGAAGCUGGCUAGACAUUGCAGGAGACUCCUGCCUUCAGUGGUAUCUGGUGAAUUUCUCAACUAAUGCAGAAAGAAGGUGUAAAACAGUCCCUGCUAGAUGAUUUAUUCAUAAUGGCCAAAAUCAGUAAUAAUAAUAAUAAUAAUAAUUUCCCAUCCAAAACAUGAGAAAGUUGACUGAAGAAUGUGCAAGGGGAGUUGCUUGAAUAUAUAGGUAUAUUAUGUAACUGUAUUACAUAAAUACAUUACAUUACACAUCCUACAUUAGCCUUAAAUGAAGAGGGGAGGAUUGGAAGGACCAGAAACAGCAAUAAAAUGUUAGUUUUAAGAAAUGCUUUAAAUAUGCAUGGUUGGAUAUAAAUGAAAAUUGAUUUCUAAAUAGAUUUGUAUCUCAGUAUUAGCUCAAAGCUAAUAUGGAACAGUCCCACAAAAUUAAGAUUUUUUUUUAUUUGUGCAAUAAUAGAAAAUUAAAUAGCAUCUUGUAAAGAUGUUUAUCUAUACUUGAACAUGUUUUUCUUGAAGUACAGCAGUUGCACUGUUUCAACUUUUUGGCUAACUUUAUAUAUAACCAUUUAUACCAGUGUUAAUGUAGAUUUUUUUGUUUUUGUUUUUUAUUGUAAAACUAGAAUUACAUCAGCCUUGACUAAAAGAUUAUUUCUUUUCUGGUAGGCAAGAACUGGUCCAUCUGAGAAUUUAGUGAAGUGGGAAAGUAUCUGAAAAGUACCAGUAGUUUACUGCACAUUAGUAAUCAGAAUACCUGUUGCUUAGGGAACAUGUUUAUUCUACUUUGACUUGUAGAUAUUAGUUGCAUUAGCACAUCUUGUGAAGUUAAAAUGCAUUUUCCUUAAUCUGAAAUCCUAAUUACAUCUGAGAAUGUAUUAGCAGCUAUUAACCUCUGUACAACUAAAACUGUUGUUUAAGCUGUUUGCUAUUUCAAAAUUAACAGUAACACUGAAUAUUUCAUCAAAAUUAUCUGACUGAAAGUAGCAUAGUAGGAUCUGUCAAUCUCUUUAUAAACGGAACAUCUCCCACAGACUUCUCAAAACAAAUUAAUUAAUGGCUGUAAUUGUUUUAUAACUAAAUAUAGAAUUUCAGCUCUAGUCCAGUCAAGAACUGAUACUCUGAAAAACAAAAACAACAACACUGCCAACAGAUUUCUUCCUUGAUGUGCAUAUUAGCUGCAGACGAUUUCUCUCUGCUAUCCCCAUGUGACAGUUCACUAGCAGACAACUUAUUUAGAUAGGGAGUUAGCUUCCCUUGGUGAGAUCACAAUGGGACAUUAUUUGUCUUCUCUCUUGUUUAACUUCAUACUCUCAGAUUCUAUUAUGAGGAAGGAAACUAUAGAUCAUUUUUACUGGAAUGCUGUUCAUUUUUAGUUUAUAUAUAUGCAGAUAUGUGUGUAUAUGCAUAUACUGUAAUAAAUAUCUCAGGAUCUGGGAAAGAGGUUUAAGCAAAGAAUAGGAACAUUAUUUAACAGACAAUAUAUGAUAAAAAGAUAAUGGAAG